UUACUAUGUGGCUAUUGCUGAACGCAGCUUCAGACACACGGCUGUCAACAGGCACUGCUGUGACUACACACAGAUGACUUUGUGCUACAUAGACAAUUGAUCACACGUCCUUACAUUCAGCACCACCACCACUCUGACCAAAAUGAGGAUUUGUCGGGCCGAAUAUAAAACCAUUGCGAGAUACACAGAGACACUUCGACCAACUAGACAGUGCAUAAAAAUGCUGAAGGAUAAAUUUCCCAAUCACUCGCAGUCCACUCUUCUGAGCAUCUUCUCCCUGGAGUACCAGAAAAGGAUGAAAAGGACCAUGUCCAAACACCAUGCCCCCGAGGCCAUUGAAGCCUACUACCAGAGGUACCUUGCUGAGGCCAAGAACAGUCCCUCAUCCCCUGUCCUGCUGGAGAUUGCCAAUGAGGUGGACCUGUCGCCUGCCCUACUGGCUCGCCUGGUGGUUGAGCGCUUCUUACAGGAGCGAGAGGGCGCAGCAUUUUCAAAGCAAGUGCUGAACAACAUGCUGAGGGAGCCAUCUUUGAUCCCGGACCUCCUGUUGCCUCGCCAUGUGGCUCAGUGCACAAUAAAUGACUGCUGUUAUGGACCGCUGGUUGACUGCAUCAAACAUGCCAUUGGACAGGAGCAUGAGGUUCUGCUGCGAGACAAACUGCAAGAGAGGAACCUGUCCUUCUUAGAUGAAAACCAGCUACGGGCCAAAGGCUAUGACAAGACGCCUGACAUCAUUCUGGAGGUGCCAAUAGCUGUAGAGGGUCACGUGGUCCACUGGAUUGAAAGCAAAGCCUCGUUUGGGGACGAUCACAGCCACCGUACUUACCUGAACGAGCAGUUCUGGAGCUACUGGAACAGGUUUGGGCCCGGUCUGGUGAUCUACUGGUACGGGUUUAUCGCCGAGCUGGAUUGCCAACGGGACAGAGGGAUCCUCCUAAAAGACUGCUUCCCUUCUGACAUCAUCACCCUCGCCCCGAGAAACGGACAGAGCUGACCCCCACCGCCACAUAGGCUUGGGUGCUAGAGCAGGACGAAAAGCGGACUGUCUUACGUGUGCGUGCGUGCGUGCGUGCGUGCGUGCGUGCGUGCAUGCGUGGUGGUUGGAGGUUGGGGG